AUGUACCGACAGAUACGAUUGCACGAUGAUGAUACAACCUUUCAUCGCAUUUUGUGGCGUGAUGAUCCAUCUGAAGAGAUCAGAGAAUACGGUAUGAAACGGUUGACAUUCGGGACUAACUAUGCACCUUGUGGAGCCAUACAAACUGUGAGAGAUUUAGCUGAGACGAACGAACCGACAUAUCCAGAAGCAGCUAAAAUUAUCAAGAAGGACAUCUACGUCGAUGAUAUCAUUUCUGGUUCUCAUGAUCUUCCCUCAGCUCUUCGCUUGCAGAAGGAAAUCAUCGAAAUUUUUAAAUCUGGAUGUUUCGAUGUUAAAAAAUGGGCGAGUAACACCAACGAGCUUUUGGAAGUCGUACCACCUGAAGACCGUGAAGUGUCCAUACCGCUAUCGUUGAAUCCUGACAAAACGGUCAAGACGUUGGGAAUCUAUUGGAACUCCAAAUCGGACGCUUUGAAUUUCAAAUUCAAGUACGAUACAGACGGGCCACUAACGAAACGCUUCGUUUUGUCAAACAUCGCUAGACUCUUUGAUCCCAUGGGACUGCUUGCACCUAUCACCGUCAAGGCUAAGCUCUUCAUGAAACGAAUUUGGGCUUCGCAAUGUGAUUGGGAUGAAUUAAUUUCGUCUGUAAUCGCUGAUGAUUGGAAAAAAUUCGUUGCUCAAUUCACACUGUUUCCAUCGUUUGAAAUUCCUCGAUGGAUUCAAACAACACCAGACGCAUGUUUGCAACUUCAUGGCUUUUCUGAUGCCUCAACCGAUGCGUAUGGAGCGGCCAUUUACAUACGCUGUGUGAGUGAAGACGGAGUUAUCUCAACGCGUUUACUAAUAGCUAAGUCCAAAGUCACUCCCAGAGUCUUACAAACUAUACCUCGACUGGAACUUCGUGCUGCCUCACUCUUGGCUUUGUUAAUGGCAUACGUACUGCGAUCGCUUCGCCAUCACCAUUUCGAUCCAACCAGCAUUCAUUUCUGGACGGAUUCGAAAGUUGGUUAG